CACUAGUUGACCAUACUUUCUAUGGUCAAAUACAGUUACUUCAUUCAGUCGAUCCAUAUUUUCCGGAUUUGUGGGAUAUUUUCCAGGAAAUCAACUCAGAAAAUAUCAUGGAGUACAUGCAUGGAGGAAGUACAGUACAUGUACAUGCUGAUGUACAUGUACAGGUAUAUGUGGGAAAGACUAUUAAGCAGAUAGGCCUACAUAUGUGCUUGUGUUUGGGCACUGUCGUGUUUGUACCAAUAUGCACUAAGUAAUAAGUGUUCAUAAAAGCAUCUCUGACCUACAUGUCUUCUUUCAAGAUUUGGAUUAAUCUGUUCAACAACGAUUUUGUAUGUAGGCCCUAUUUAUUUUUUGACUGGUAAUGGAUUAUUGCAAAAGCACAUCUCGUUUAGUCCAACACGGUGAAAGUAACAGAAAAUGUUACCAUAAAAUUGUGUAUGUUGGAGAUUUGCCUCUUCAGACCCGUCUAAAUCUUAUGCAUGCACUUGAUCAUGAUGAAGACAGUAAAAACAACUGGAGGAAGUUGGCUGCACUCCUGGGUUUUAGCAAUGACGAAGUACAGAGCUUCAAGCAGGCCCUGUACCGGAUGGCUGGUAGCCCGACAGAUGAGAUGUUAACAGUCUGGGACUACGGCUGCCACACUGUUACCGAGCUCUAUCGCAAACUGUUUGAGAUGAAGCAUGCCCGGUGUAUGAUGCUUCUGAAGGACUUUGUCGAUCCCAGUCUGCAUCAGCUCAUCCGGGAGGUACAAGGGGUGCAGCCAGAUGACGAUAACAGCUCAGCCGCCCCCAUCCACCCAGGACACCCCACCAUUCCCCCGGUCACCUACAUCCCAGGUGCAGGGGGCCAGCCUCCUUACGCUGCAGGUGGGCAGAUGUCUCAGGGCCACCAGCCUCACCUCCAGCGACCCGGUCAGCCCCAGGCCACCCAGGGGUCAUGGAACGGCUUGUCGCAGAACCCCAGCAAACAGCAACAAGGCAGGAGGAGCGAGGGCCUGACGGCCAACAUCAACAAGGACUCCUCAGAGAAGGUCAUUGGCCUGGGCUCGCCCUUCAAGGGCUGGCAGGGGGAGACCAGUGGAUCCGCCGGCAGUGCCAACAAAGGCGAGCUGGUCAGCGGUGGUAGCGGUGAGAUAACCUCACCUAACACCAGCCAGGAAUUGGGAGAGAAAGAGAGGCUGGAAAAUUAUCAGGACAAGUCAGCACUUAGCCUAACCAUCCAUAUCCCCUACAACGACAUCGUCAAAGCGACCAAUAACUUUGAUGGAACCUACAAACUGGGAGAGGGCUCUUUUGGCACGGUUUACCACGCUGUCAUUAAUCUGAUUCACUACGCUGUAAAACGAAUGAAACAGAAUGAGUACAUGGGUCUUGAGACCAACAAGAUUGCCCGGGCCGACCAGAUGAAAGAACUACGGGCUCUCGUUACUUAUCGCAAUCCCUACAUUGUUGCCUUGUGUGCUUUCUGCUUUGAUGGCCCAUCUCCCUGUCUGGUCUAUGAGUUCAUGGAGAAUGGAUCUCUGGAAGACAAUUUACUCUGCAAGGCCCAGCGAGGUCCCCUGGAUUGGAGGACCCGGCACAGGAUUGCAGAGGGCGCAGCGCUGGGGAUCAACUUCCUCCACAAGGCCCAGGACAAGCCUCUGAUCCACGGCGAUAUCAAAAGCGCCAACAUCCUGCUAGGCAAGCACAUGGAGCCCAAGAUAGCCGACUUUGGUCUGGCCAGGUUUGGUCCAGAGAACGGCAAGACCUACUGUUACCUAAAGACAAAGAACGCUCACGGAACCUUACCCUAUUUGCCCGAGGAGUUCAAGAGAAGCUUCAAACUCUCCACCAAGGUGGACGUCUUCAGCUUUGGUGUGGUGUUGAUGGAAAUCCUUGCUGGGGAACGAGUUGCAGAUAGCAGGCGUGAACCCAACAGACUCUUGACUGACAUCAUCGAGGAGGCCUUGGAGCUUGAGAAACAGCAGCAAGGCGUGAUCGAAAGGAUCAGGGACCGGCGUUGUCCUAACUGGCCUUGGGACAUCGCUUGGUGGCUGCUGGACCUAGCCCUGAAAUGCACCAAAUCAAAGUUCACACAGCGACCAGAAAUAGAUCAGGCUGUCAACACCUUGAGAGACAUCGCUGCUGAAAUAUCCAGACGUGAUGAGAUGCAGAAACACAGAGAAGAGUAUCCGGUGCAGGAUUCCCACCGACAAAGCCCCGAAGUUAUCUACGAUCCACAUUUUACUGCCCAGACACAGAGGCACAGUCCACAAGCUCAUGAGGCAAUGCUGAGGUACCCCCCACCCACCAUGGGACCCCAAGGUCAAGGCCGGGCACCGAUGAGGCGUGAUUGGAGUAUUGAGUCCAACAAUGCAGUGACCGUCAGGCCGGGACUGGUCCCCGAUCCGAGGUACGAGGUGAACUAUCCAAGGCAUCCGAUGCCACAGGGGGGACCUGGCUAUGCCCAGGGGUGCCACCCACUGCCCCCUCAGGGUUACUGUGGCCCAAGGCAGGGCUUUCAACCAGGUAUCAGGAGGCACAUGUCUUCCACCACGUCGGAGGAGAACAACCUGGCAGGGGAGGACAAGAUGCUAGAUUUUUCUUCCUCGUCCUCUUCGCUGACAUCUUACGAUCUUUCCCGGAUGAAUGACCCAUCAAUGUGCACACCACUCCUGUAUCACAGCCAGUCAUCUAUGCCAUCGUCAGUUACCUAUCAUCAUCAGCAGUCGCAGCCCUACAGUCCCCCUGUCUACGACUCCAGACACCCAGAUCCACGCCAGCCUUACCCUGGCCUCCGGUACCCUGCAGGCUACCGUGGCCAAAUUCCCCAGGGCUACCCACAGCUACAGCAGGUGCCAUCUCAGUACCAGAACCCCCUGUGUUCGUCGAUGGUCGGCAACAUCAGCCCCUAUCCCCAGCAGGAUUUCAGGCACCAGACGACUGAAGCCAGUUUCUACUCCAUCCAGAAUCCCGCUGUCCCAUCAUCCUCCAACAGUGGUCAGCAACGCCAGGAGAGCCUGACCCUCCAGGAUCACAUGAAGCAGUUGGACAUCUCACAGCUGCCCACCAAACCCAUUGGAGGUCUCCCACAGCAAGACCCAGCCUCUAGGGUGCUGGCUGAUCGUCAGACACAGCCACCUACCUUUGCUACAGGGGGCACCCCCAGGAGAGAGCCCGAGCAGAAUACAGACAUCAUCCCUGGAUACAAGCCCGGGAUGAAGGAGAAGUCGUUCAAACCCUCCCUUGUCACAGCAAUCAGUGAGGACAGUGACGAAGAAGUCACCCCGCUUCGUACUUCCCUCACCACUGCCGAGAUGCAGCAAUACCUGGCUGGCAGGCCUCGUGAACCAAGCCAGCAGACUGAGAAAAUGCCGGGGCAGUCAUCGGAGAAUAUGGCUAAGGUGGGCUCAACUGGGCCAAUGGCAAACCAGACUGCAGUAACUGACAAGGGCACGGACGAGGAAUCAUCUCUUCUCAAGUCAUCACUGACAACAGUCCAGAUGAGGCAUUUUUUGCCCAGCAAGCGUGAGCCAACUGAAGAGGCAGAAGGAGAAUCCGCCACUAACAGACUUCAGGAUGCCCUGGCGUCUGCCUCGCAUUGUCAAGACAGGAGCGCAGCCCAGCCAGCAUCAGCAGCCGUGGCAACUGAAAUAUCCGACGAAGGACCUUUGACUGCCAAGGAAGACAACAAACCCAUUCUGCAGUCUUCUCUGACCUCCGAGCAGAUGCGACAGUUCUUACCGAGUAGACGGGAUCCAAGCCAAGAGACAGAGGCAUUGCCCAGGGCAGCACCACAGCAGGCCAAGGCACCGCUAGCUUCUUCAUGUACGGACUCUACAUCAGUUAGUGCUAGAGCAACCAUCUCCCAAAUGAAAAGGGCUGUUGAAGAGUCAGAGAGAUGUUACUCGGCCCCGCCUAACACGGCGGCACCCAUGACCCAGGAAGCUGGCAUGGCUGAGAGAAGACAGCCGCAACAAACAACCGAGCCUCUAAAUGGAAGUCACUGAAGUACUUGAUGCUUGGCAGACGAUUGUUGAAUUACAGGAGUAGGACGUCAGACAACUGUGUACCACAAAUGUAGCAAGUUUCCUUUCAACGCUGAAUGUGAACUUACUCAGAAGAAUUUGGUAUGUUGAAAAUGCCUAUAAUUAAGCAAACUUAGCAAACAGUUUGUAACGAAGCUAACGCAUUUUACAUGUGGUCGCAUCUUAAUAUCAGGAUUCAAGCAGUAUUACACAAACUUUGCAUUGUAGCAGUUAGAAGCAUGUUUCUAAGGAAACCUUUUCUGCAUGAAUUUGUAGAUUAAUGAGUGCUCAUGUUGCAGCAAAAUGGAGAUAUUAUAUACAUAUGAUGUGUAUGCCAGUGUAUGCAAAAAAAAGAUAUUUAAUCUGGAUUUCUUGGUUCAAAAAUUGAGAUUUUAUUUAUACCAAGUGGUGGUCAUUUCUUAAAUCUUUCUUUGGAAAUUGUGCCUAAUAGUAUUGAAUAUGAUACUCUAACAUUACUGCCUUAAAUGCUUGUAAAUUAUCGCAUCUUCAAUAUUUAAAAAAUCAGAUUUUGAAGAAUUGAUUUUCAAUUCAAUAAUAUUAAUAUUUACUUGCCAUCUAUAACCCAGAUUAAAAAGCGUGAAAUGAGAUUAAUAUCUUAUUACUAUAACAAUUUUCUCACUAUGAGGUGCUCAUUUUGUUUUCUUUUUGUAGUCUUUUGGAAACUUUAAUUCUAAGAAAUGAAGUAUAAGUUUUUCCAUUAACAUUAUUCCUCUUUAAAGUGAAUAGUCUCUCAGUUCAGCUACUUGGUACGAAUUCUUAGAAAAACUAGUUUUGUAGGAGAUUUAUUAAAAAAAUUUUUUCUGUUUAUGUUUGCUAUGGACACAUAAACUUCAAAGUUUUAAAGUAUGAAAAUAUAUUUCAGACUUUCGUUGUCUUUGUCACUGUGACUUUAGCAUUGGCAUUUAUUUUGACUUAGCUAACAAUUUCAACGUGUUUGUUGCCGUCUAUGCUCAGUGAUUUACCCCAGAAAAUCCCAGUACAAAAUUGAACAAGUUUUAAUAAAACAAUUACAAGUUGAAGUGAACUUUUCAAAAUGUUGAAUAUGUAGCGAAUUUCGCAGCAACCAGAAGUACAACAAAUCUUGAAAUUGUACCCUUUCAGUGGACUUUUGCACGGAGAAAAUGUUGCUAAAUAAACCACCAGGUUUGAAUCCCAAUGUUGGUAGCUGACAAUGAUCCAUUCACAUGUUGAAACAGUGUAAGAAGACAUCUGGACAUUUUCUGCUUAUUUUCUCCUAAACUUAUGUUAUGGAAAAUAAACAUGUUUAUUCACGUUUCCAUAAAUUUGCAGAUGGGAAAGGAGCAUAUUUGGAGUCAUUAAAGGACGUAAAACAAGA